CGGGAGGUGGAGAGUGGUAGACCAAACGGUAGGCCAAACAGCAAUAGAGUAGAGUACGAGUAGUCCGUGUCCUCCUCAGAAUACUUGUAUACUACUGUAUCAUCCCCAUCUCUCCAUCUUCUCUCUCUCCACUUGCCUUCAUAACCUUUUUUAGACUUCACGCUUGUCUUCUUGUCCUUUCCUAACUUACCAUUUUACUUUGCCUCUACCUUUCCUCUAUUACACCCGGUCGUUACCCUUUCCCAACUUUAUAUAUCCAUACACACAUAUAACUCGAGUCAAACCACCAACUCCCAAUUUCCUGUGUCUACUUCAAUUGCUCUCAUCGCCAUACCUACUCGUCGCAUACACAUAUCACAUCACCUCCAACACUCUACCAACACAUCAAAAUGAAGUUCUCGCUCUCCGCCCUCACCUUCGCGGCUUCGCUCGCCGUCGUCAACGCCCAGAUCGCCGGUCUCCCGUCCUGCGCCACUUCCUGCCUACUCUCCGCCAUCGGCUCCUCCUCAUGCGACCUGACUGACCGCAAAUGCAUCUGCACAACCGGCAAGGACAAGGUCACAGAGAGCCUCACAAGCUGUCUCCCCCAGUCCAGCUGCACCCAGACCGAGCUUAACACAAUCAGCAACGGCGUCAGCGCCUUCUGCCAGUCCGCAGGCGUAAACGUAACCGACAUCCCCUCCAUCGCGCUCGCAACCAACACCGCGAGCGCGACCUCCUCGCCCACGAGCUCCCCCGGCGCUGCGGUCGUGAACGUCGCGAGUCUUGGUGCUGUCGCGAUGGGUAUGGUUGCUGCUUUUGCGUUGUAGAUCGUGUAAGGGUGUAGGUCAGGGGGGGGGAUAAGCGCAUACAUACUCACUCUUGGCUUCUUCUUUUUUGGGGAGUGAGUAGAGCUUUGGAUCACGUUCAUUCAUUCGUCGGUGGAAGCUUGGAUUUAAAUCGUUUCGAGAAGGAGAAAGGAAACAUUGUUUGACUUCUGGGUCGGCGUCUUCACACAGGCAUAAGAU